UUUUUUUGUUAAUAGACAGAAUAGACAUGUUGCAAGUGUUGCAAGAGAACCCUUUUGAGAAAUAUACUUCUUGUACUUUACCACCACACCCCCGACAAAUUAUUAUUUAUUUUUUAAUUUUCUUGCUUAUAUUAGUGUAAUAUCUUAAAAUUUUGUGGAAAUUUUCGUUGUGUAUUGACCACUAUGACUUGUGAAUUGAAUGACAUUAAAAAGUUAACUUACGAAAUUCAUAAAUAUUCUAGUUAUGCUAACUCCUAUCUGCCCGAGAAUAUUCUCGAGGAUAUGCCAUCGAAUCAAGGAUCUCGAUGGUCUUCCAGUACAAAUAAUCCUCCCCAAUUUUUGACGCUUUUAUUAACUCGACCGGCUAUUGUGCACAAAAUUAAAUUUGGAAAGUAUGAAAAGUCGCACAUUUGUAACAUAAAAAAAUUCAAAGUUUUUGGAGGACUCAAAGAGGACAACUUACAGUUACUGUUAGAAGCUGGACUGCGUGAUGACACCAAACCAGAAACUUUCAACCUACGACAUACCACAGAUUCCGGUGAAGAGAUUCCAGUGCUUUAUAUAAAAAUUAUGCCGUUACUUUCCUUUGGGGUUGCAUUCAAUUUCAGUAUAUGGUACGUAGAACUGCUCGGAAAUGAUGAUCCUUUAUUUGUACAAAAAAGUUUGGGAGACUUGAACAAUUACCGGGAAACAGAAAUCGUUCGAUUAUGCUUAAAGCAUUUUCGUCAGCAAGGCUACCAUUCUGCAUUUAAAGUUCUGCGAGAGCAAACAAACGUUACGCUAGAAAGUCAACUAAUGUCCGACCUGCACGAAACGUUAGUCGUUAAUGGUAAUUUUGCGAAGACUGAAGAAUACGUCGAACAAUUUAUUGCGAACGGGCUGAUCGAUAACUAUUGCAUGAAACAAAAGUACAAUGCAUACUGGUCGGCACAAGAGACGUUAUCGAAGCCGGAUGAAAGGCCUGACGUGAGAGGAGGGCAUCAAUUGAUUGUGGACACGAAUGAAAAUCGAAUAUAUUUGUUCGGCGGAUGGGAUGGAUAUUUCGAUCUGUCCGAUCUGUGGUACUAUGACAUUAAAUUGAAUUCUUGGACACUGAUUCAUGAAAGGGCGGACCUACUAGGCGGUCCGAGUCCUAGAUCUUGUCACAAGAUGAUAUUCGAUCCAGUGAACUCGCAAAUAUUUACUCUGGGCCGAUAUUUAUCCGUAGAAGCUCGAACCAAUCAAGUGGUUAAUAGUGACUUCUACUUAUACAGCGUUAAAAGUAAUUCGUGGCUACUGAUUUCUGACGACACUAGUCAGGUUGGCGGUCCGGGCUUAUUACACGAUCACCAAAUGUGCAUUGAUGUUACAGAAAAUACAAUUUACGUUUUUGGCGGCCGCAUCCUAUCGACAAAAAAAAUUGACGACUCUUCCAAUGAUAAUCCAUAUUCCGGACUGUACUCAUAUCACAUUAAUACCAACACGUGGACGCACAUACUGGUAGAUUGUAACGAUCCGUUAGCAUCAAAUCCCGACAUUCGCAGCAUAAAGUCAAGGUCGACUCAUUCAAUGCUGCUGCAUCACCGCUACCGAAAAUUGUACGUUUACGGUGGCCAACGGGGCAAGGAAUAUACAUCCGAUUUCAUUUCCAUAGACCUGGAUAGUCGAUCUGUAACUGUGAUGUCAAGUAGUGGGUAUGGAACCAAAGACGGGGAAAAUAUGCCUCAAUGCGGUUUCACUCAACGUGCUACAAUAGACUGUGAUAAAGACGAAAUUUAUGUGUUCACGUUCGAUUUUCAGAGUUUAAGUAAAGAGAAGGAACGCAAAGACGUCAAUUACAACGUACUGUGGAUGUUCUCUUUGAAAACGAAUCAAUGGUCGUGUAUAUACCGGUGUAAUCACUUGAAAUUCCAAUGUUUAACGAAAUUCGAUAAAUACGUUUGCACCGAACCGUGUCCUCGAUAUGCUCAUCAAGUCGUCUAUGAUAUGAAUUCGAAAACACAUUAUCUGUUCGGUGGGAAUCCGGGCAUGGAACAAAAUCCGCAGGAUCGACUAGAGGAUUUUUGGUUGUUACGUUUAGAGAGACCAUCGAAACAACAAGUCCUGCAACAAUAUAAAUUUCUGAUACGAAAACUUGAAUACGAGGAAAUAGCUCGCAUUGAUCCAAUAUACGCAAUAGGAUAUUUACAGACAAGACUUUCGGAAGUUACUGACCAUAAAGAUGCAGCACAGCUGAAGCAAUUCCAUAAAUUAGCCACAUUGUUGUUUCGCAGUGAGCCGCAAUCUCCGUCAAAAUAUAUAUCACUCACCAGCACGCCAAUGUGCUCAUCUCCUGAUAUUUCAAACUCCUCCACAUCGUCGUCAUCAUCAUCUUCAUCAUUGCCAUACAGCUACAAUCACUGCAGUUCAACAAUUUGUUGUUAUGGCAAAACGAGUCCUCCGUGUAGUGAUUCGGACGAGAGCCGGUCUAUAAAUUUCGAUGGCCCUUGUGAUCAAAAAGUACAACGAUGCAUAUUGUUUAAUCGAAUCGUUAAACUACUACCCGAUCAUAUGGUGCAACCGAAGGGAAAUUUAAGCGACUUUGUAAGGAUCUAAAAGCUUUAUUAUUAUUAGACUAUGAGCAUUUUAAAUGCUCAUCUGGUGGCAAUAUAUGACAAGCGUUUGACAUCAAUAUCUGAAUUUUGUAAAAUAUGAAUUGAAAUAGACGCGUAAGCUAAAAGUGAAA